UUAGGGCUCCCACGUGUUGCUCUGUCGGCAGGCGGGAGGGACUGUCUGCGGGCCGGAGACACCUGCUCCAGCGAUGAUACCUGCAGCCCUCGUCUCCGCACCCUGAGACAGUGUGUGGCGGGGGACGGCAGUGUGAAGCUGGGGCCCGGGGCCCGCAACCAGUGCGAGAACGCCAUGACGGCGCUGCUCUCCAGUCCACUGCAUGGCUGCCAGUGCAAACGGGGCAUGAAGAGGGAGAAAAACUGUCUGAGCAUCUACUGGAGUCUGCACCAGUCGGUGCUGCAUGGACUAAGCCUAGUGGAGAGCUAUCCCUACGAACCAGAGGAGAGGGGCUCGGACUACGUGCGUCUGGCCUCCAUUGCUGCAGAGUCGGAAGUAACUACGGUGAACCGCUGCCUGGACGCCGCCAAGGCAUGUAACAUUGACGAGACGUGUCAGAAGCUUCGCACGGAGUACGUCUCGGCAUGCAUCCAGCCGUCGGCCCGCUCAGGGCCGUGCAACCGACCCAAGUGCAACAAGGCGCUGAGGAAGUUCUUUGACCGCGUUCCCCCGGACUACACCCACGAGCUGCUGUUCUGCCCGUGCACCGACACGGCCUGCGCCGAGCGCCGCAGACAGACCAUUGUGCCGGUCUGCUCCUACGAAGACAAGGACAAACCGAACUGCCUGGCUCAGCUGCGCGUCUGCAGGGCAGACUAUGUCUGCAGGUCCCGCUGGGCACAGUUCCAGUAUGACUGCCAGCCGUCCGAGAAAACCGCCAGCGGCUGCAAGCAGGAGAACUACGGCGCAUGUCUGCUGGCCUACACUGGCCUUAUAGGUAGCACAAUAACACCGAACUACCUGGACAACUCCACCUCCAACGUGGGGCCCUGGUGCUCCUGCGCCGCCAGCGGGAACCACAGGGAGCAAUGCAACGACUUCCUGGCCUUUUUCCACGACAACGUGUGCUUGAGGAACGCCAUCUUGGCUUUUGGCAACGGGUCGGAUGUGAAGACGGGGGCAAGCCAGCCAGGUACGCCCAGCACGGCGACGGACAACCAGAACCCGCAGCUGGCAACCACCAUCCCCGGCGUCCCCAUGGAGACGGAGCAGAACAUUCUGCGGGCGCACAUCCCUACUCAGGUCAAUGAGAACGACAGACUGUGGGGCAACGAGGGAGACUCUACCCUUCCCUCGCCGGGCCUGUCGGACCGUAGCGCCGCCGGUGAGCUGGUCCGCCCGCCGCUCACGCCGGGCUCCUUGGCCUGGCUCCUCACAGUGCUCGCCGCCGCCGCCGCCGUCUAA